AUGUCGCAACGAGGAGUUACAAUAACAAGCACCGUGUUGAAAGGGCAUGAAGGCCCAAUUACUAAGCUGGAACUCACCCGUGAGGGAGAUUAUUUUGUGUCGUGUUCGAAUGAUAAAACAGCGAUGCUUUGGAAAGUCGACCCGCUGACCUCCAUGGGUGUAUACACAUGUGACGGUGCAGUCUCUGAUUGCACGAUAUCUGCGGAUGGGAUGCGCCUCUAUUUAGCGAGUAGAGAUGGGUCGGUCUUCUGCUUUGAGUUGGAGACUGGGAAGAAGUUGUUGACAAAGUUGAUGGCGAAGGGAAACUACUCGCCAGUUAGGGUUGUCGAGCUUUCACCAAACAACGAAAAACUGAUGGUAGUCACUGCGAGUUUCAAGUCGUUUGUGUCUUCUGUGUAUGUUGUUGACCCACAAAUUGAAUCGCCCACCGCUGUUUACUCUCAGGAGCGCCCCCCAUUGACUAAGGCGAAGUGGAUCACCAAUGAUACGAUUAUAGUUGGCGAUGAGUUAGGACAUUUGGUGGUGAAAGACACCCGUACGAAUGGACAGGGCGUUCGAUUUGAGUCACACAAAAACGAGAUCACAGAUAUCGAGAGUGAUAGCUAUGAUAUAUUGUUGGGGACGACUGGAAAAGAUGGGAAGUCGUUUGUGCAUGAUAUUAGAAAGCCAGAAGAUGUUAUUUCCGUCUUUGAGUCUGGAUACCCACUCCAAUCUAUUGGGUUUGCGCCAUUCACAGAUUAUUACGCUGUUGGAGGAGGUCAGGACAAAGCAAUGAUGACUAUGACACAGAGAGAUAUGUCUAUGUUGAUGACCACUUUUGUCAACGCUAUUGAUGGUCAAGAGAUUGUUCGACUUCCAGGACACUUUGGUACUAUCAACACAAUCGUCUUUGCUCAAGACGGAAAAUCAGUCUUCACUGGGUCUGAUGACGGGUGUAUUAGAGUCUCUCCGCUUAGUAACGAUGUAAAGAGCGGUCUGAUGGGAAAGAAGAUCACAUCAACACUGUUCAAAUUUGUGUAUAACUACGACGACGAUUUCACAGUCGAGUCGACAGAACAGGGACUUAACGAACAAUAUAAAUUUACAAAUGGAUCUUCUCAAUUCUUCUUACAGGCAAGAAACCUCGAGAAAACAGUGACCAUCGAAAAGGGAGUGUUGGCGGAGUUGCAAACGAUGGGUCUUGUUGGGCCAAAUGACACCGUCUCUUCGUCGUGCAAAAUCAAAACGGUUGGAAAACUCCAAACCCGUGUCUUUUUCUUUACUAAACAAAACGAGACGGCGAAAAUAGCAAUGGCCUUAUUUGAGAAGAAUGGCGUAUUUUUCCAAAUGUUAUCUACAGCUUCAGCAGAACAAGAAGACGUCGAGACUUUGUUGGAAGGAUUUGACUUGUCUGAGGUGAAACAGUCCCACCGCGUUGAGAAAAGUGGAUGUAAAACAAACCUUUUGGAGAUUGAAGACUUCAGUGUCAUGAUUCCUGACUUUUUUAAAGAAGAGUGUGGCAUAUACACGGGUAGGUUUCGGGUCUAUGACGACGAGGAAGAUACACGCAUUAAUGUCAGUUUUGGUGUUGAUGACGUGAAGAGUGAAAAGGCGUUCAAAAGUCGAUUUGAACAAAUGUGGGGGGUGGUUGAUGCCACUGUUGUUGAGUUGAAUAUCAAAAACAAGAAAUGGAAGGUGAUGACGUUCACAACAAAAGAGAAUGUCUAUGAUGUGAAGUAUCAUUUCUUUGCAUAUUUAGAACAAACCCAUAAGUAUUAUAGUGUCUGGAUGGGGUUUGAAAAACAGAGAAGUAACUUGAUGUGCUUACUUUCACUUAUUCUAAGCACUUUUAAUGUGAAAGACCAAAAGAGGAAUAGAUGUACUGAUGUUGUCGUUUUUUAUCAUUUCAAUCCUAUGUAUUCAUUGUUGUGUCCAACAAAGUGCAGCGAUAUACACAGUGCGGAGGAACAUGGUCUUAUUAGUGAUAUACUCCCUUCUAUGUUUGUUGACACAAAUACAAACUUUAGAUUCUUCUGUAGUGUUAUGCCAUUGGAAGGAGUCAGCCAAGACACUGCAAAGGAGAUCAUCAAAAUGGAAGUUGAGCAAAUGAAAGCAGAAAAGAAGACCGUUUUGAUUUCAUCCACAUCAGAGAAGUUCAACGGGUUUGAAAGUUGGUGCCAAAUUUGUACGACAACAAUCAAAGACAUCCAAGUGAUGUGCUUGGUCCGAUAUGUGUACUUCAGAAACCCAGAUGUUUAUGUCAGGUUUAGUUAUUCUGCUCCUCCUGAAUAUUUCACUGAGUAUUUCGUCAAGUAUAAUGUCGUAGAUUUAAUGCAAAGUAUCGAUUUAUCAUUAUUGAAUUGCUAG